AUGGUUAGGGUUCGUGUUGAAGUCGUGGCUGGAAUCCACCCUAACAAGGAAAUCCGUCGAGUGAAAGGAGGGGAAUUCGUCUGUUCGGAAGAGGAGAAGGAGACGAUGUUGAGGUCCUGUAAGUGGGUGGAUGACAUUGUGCACGAUGUUCCUUACAAGCCCCUCACAGUGGAGUUCCUGGAUAAGCAUCGCAUCGAUUAUGCGGUGCAUGGUGACGACAUUGCCAAAGCCUCUGAUGGUACCGAUAUGUAUGGUUACGUCAAAGAAGCUGGAAG